GUGGGAUAAUUUACUUUAUUAUGAGUGCAAUAGUUACUUACUUAUAACAAAAACCUUCCCGAAUUGAUAAGUGCAAGUGUAGUGUGUAGACGUAAUAUUUGGAUGAUUGCUUGUGAGCUCCGGAAGUUAUGAUAAUUUCCAUGGCGUUGCAUAAUUCCAUAUUUGCCUGCCUGUCUAUAUUUCAAAAUCUAGACGCCUUUGGGGCGGAGCCUGUUCGCAAUCUCGCUUUUUGAUUCGCUAAAAAGCGCAAAACGUCACUCAAGAUUUCAGCAAUCGCUGCCAUUUGAAUUCGACUGUCCUGACCAGCAAAUUGUGGGUUAGAAUUGAUAGAAGAAAGAAAAUUUUCUUUUUCCCGACCAUUCGCCAUCUUUGCAUUACGAACCUGCGACCUUAUGUGAAUAUUGCCAACUUUAAAUUUCAAAAACGUUCCCUAACAGGCUUCCCGUUUUAAAAUGAUUAACCGCAAGCUGCGCGCACUGGGGUAUCCGGAGGCUCCGCGGUUCAACGCCAACGAUGACAUGAGUAUCCGAAAGAUGGUGGUUUGGUUAGAAGAUAACGUUUUCUAUACGGAAUUAUCUGCUGAUCUCCUGGAUGCCCUUCAUAAUCUCAAUCAUCCCGAAUGGAAUACCGUCUUUGCUACGUACCUGAGCCAGUGUUUAUGCCCGUUUAGUAUCAGCGAGCGUACCGCAUGUGUCGACUGGUUGCUGCGCGAAGCCGUCCGAAUGGUUGCCGAGGAUUCCAAGAUCGCGGAUCCUCUUCAGAAUGCCCCUGACAAUAAAUCCUUCUCAGGAACGGACGAAGCAUUGCUUACGAAGCUGGCUCAAAGUGGAGUGCUUCCCGACGCAGUUAGCAAGAUGGUAGCUGUGCUGCGCCUUCCUGCGCAUCCGAAUCCUAUGGUGACAUUCCAAGCUGUUACGACCUUCCUCGAAUCCUGCCAGAAUGUGUCACUGAAAGAAAAUGUGGACGGGAAAAAUCCGGUGUUCAGCUUGGAGAAUGUUACUCUUGGAAUAGAGACUGGAGAUAAAACACUGAAUGCUGCUUGUAAAGUCGCCCGUUUGCUGCAUGUUCGUGAGCUUCGUCGGUUGCAGACGGAAAUGGACAAAGUUAUGGUGGCCGCACAGGCGAUCACGGCCGAUCCGAAAACCGAUGAGCAGCUUGGUCGAACAGGAUUUUAAUUAAUAUAAACAUCAAAUACAGCCAACAAACCAGCAAAAGUUCGCCCGUCGCCGAAAUGCUACAUACGGAUCGUGCCCAGAAGCCGCCUCCCGUUUAUUAUCCGUCUUCACUUUUAACAGGAGCGGAUGUUUCUAAAAUUAAAACCGAAAUUAUUUAUAAUGAAGGUUUUCUGUAAGUUGUUCUUUCCUACCAAUUUCUUUCGACGCGUUAUCCAAUAUUUGGACAACGCUGUCACAAUCUCCGGUCGCUCUUUAAUAAUUUUCCCGGCAUCUGUUUCACUCGGUUCCUAAAGUGUUUUAGAAAAUUGAGUUUUAUUAAAACUGCGAUGAUUAAAUUCAAAUAAUUUACUCGUAUUCCGACGGAUUUUUCCAGUCGGUCGAUGGCCAUUUCAAACCGCUCGGUGGUGAUAUUCAAGGCGGCAUUUUGAUCUAACCAGUCUUUGUCGUCUUCAUCGAUACAGUAAUCAACAACGUCCGGCUCUGGCCCCACUAAAAGAAAAUCAUUUGUAUUACUGCUUCUGAUAUGAAUCUGAACCGCACAUUUGUUUCACCACAUACAAAAACCAGCUUUUUAACUUCUUACCACUUAAACCUUGCACCCGAUAAAGUUCAUUGUUCUUCCUGUAAGCGGCGGGAUACAUGCGAUC